UAAGUAUAUGAGAGUUACUCUAAUAUAAUAAUUAUUUUAUUUUACCAUCGUUAUUUAGACUUUACUGCUCCUACAUUAUCCUAAACCCACAAAUUUGACCCAAGUAGGAAUCCUAAUCCUUCCAAGCUUAUAAAAGCCCAUUGUAAACAUUAAAAACCCUUAAAUUCAUCCCUUAAACUCACAACAAACUCACAAACAUACUUUUUCACGCAAAAAAGAAAGAAAAAAUCCUCUGUGGCAACCACCGCCGCCUACUACCACCGUCGGUCAAACAUAAGUCGGUUCGAUGCAGCAAGAAGAAGUCAAACGCCUUGAGGUUGUCGAAAGAGAUAAAGGACGAUAUACAAGGUAUGAAGAAGAUAUACUAGAGACCUUAGGCAAAGGCAAAAUAAAAACAGUAUACAAGAGUUUUGACAAGGAAGAUGAGUUCUUAGGCAAAGGCGAAAGAAAAACAGUAUACAAGAGUUUUGAUGAGAUUGAAGAGUUAUUCGGCAAAGGCAAAGCAAAAACAGUAUACAAGAAUUUUGAUGACAUUGAAGAGUUCUUUGGCGAAGGCGAAAUAGAAACAGUGUACAGGAGUUUUGAUGAGAUUGAAGAGUUCUUAGGCAAAGGCAAAGCAAAAACAGUAUACAAGAGUUUUGAUGACAUUGAAGAGUUCGAAAGAGGAGAAAUAAAAACAGUAUACAAGAGUUUUGAUGAGAUUGAAGAGUUCUUAGGCAAAGGCGAAGCAAAAACAGUAUACAAGAGUUUUGAUGAUAUUGAAGAGUUCGAAAGAGGCGAAAUAAAAACAGUUGAUGAGAUUGGAGAGUUCGGCAGAGGCGAAGAAAAAACAGUGUACAAGAAUUUUAAUGAGAUUGGAGAGUUCGGCAAAGACUAAGAAAAAACCGUAUACAACAGUUUUGAUGAGAUUGAAUGAAUAUAAAUUGGUAGAGUAAGGCUAAGAUGGUGUCCAAAGAUGAAAAAGUCAAGAUACAUGUUUAAAAUGUUAUGAUUUAUUAGUUUAAUUAUUUUGUUCUUGUCAAACCAUAAAUCCUAAUAACUUUGUUCUUGUUUAAUAGAUUUUCAUGGUUUUAUUUAGAAUAAGGACAUGUUCACUUUAGUUUAAUUUCAGUUAAGUUUAGUUCA